AAUUAAAAAGAAAUAAAAGUAUCUAAAAUUUUCACAGAGCUCCCUCUCUUUUUGUUAAGCCGACACAGUAAGAGCAAGCACAGAUCUGGAUCGAGCUCUGAGAGAUCUCUCAGACCCAGCUUUGUAUUCUUCUUAAUCCAGGUCCAUGAUAACAUCAGUUACCUGACUGAUACUUGUACCAAGCGAUUCCAUUAGCUGAUAAUAUAUGCUUAUGCUUGUAAAGCGUGUAUCCUUCUAGCAUUUGAAAUACGGUUUUGUAGGCUCAGUACCAUUAUAAAGUUAUGUCAAGGAGGCCAGUAAAUCCUGCUCGACGCAUUGGGGAUGGUGUAAACAUCCCAUUUGUGGGUGCAGUGCAGUCCAAAUCACGCUCAUCACCUCUACUAUCUAUCGGACUAGUCAUUGUGGGCGCAAUCCUUGUUAUUGGUUAUUUCUAUAGUGGUUCAGGUGAACCAAGCGGUGAUAUAGAAGUUGUAAGUAAAGUUGAAGGUGGUGUUUCAUGUACAUUAGAAGUUCAGAGAGCAUUUCCUAUUCUAAAGAAAGCUUAUGGUGACAGCAUGCAUAAAGUGUUGCAUGUGGGCCCUGAUACCUGUCUGGUGGUAUCUAAAUUGUUGAAAGAAGAGGAUACUGAAGCAUGGGGUGUGGAACCAUAUGAAUUAGAUGAUACUGAUGCCAGCUGCAGGAGUCUUGUGCGUAAAGGCAUUGUACGGGUGGCUGAUAUCAAGUUUUCUUUGCCCUACAGGCCAAAAUCAUUUUCUGUUGUUAUAGUGUCAGAUGCAUUGGAAUACCUGUCCCCAAAGUAUCUCAACAAAACCCUUCCAGAGUUGAUGAGGGUAUCUGCAGAUGGUGUGGUUAUAUUUUCUGGUUAUCCAGGUCAGCGUAGAGCGAAAGGUGCGGAGUUGUCCAAAUUUGGCCGUCCAGCCAAAUUACGAAGCUCAUCUUGGUGGAUAAGAUAUUUUGUUCAGAAUAGGUUAGAAGAGAAUGAAGCUGCCUCGAAGAAGUUUGAACAGGCUUCAACCAAGAGGUUGUAUAAGCCGGCCUGCCAAGUUUUCCACCUCAAAUCACACCAUUGAAAACCAAACCUAGGUAUCAUAUCUUUACUUUGUAGCUGGCAGAAGAUACUAUUCCCGCAAGCAUCUUAAGAGCCCGAAGGGUAAGUUUAUAUUCUGUGGAAAUUACAGAGCCUACAUUUGUCUUCCGUUUAAGAGCUAGAUAUUCUUGUCAGUGUAUUUAUUGAGGAAGAUGGAUUGCAUGCUAUGACUUUGACCAUUUUUGUAUUCACUUAAAGGUUUUUGCUCCCAGAUGCUUGUUGUAUUUGUAAUGAUAAAUGCAUAAACUAGCACGUCCAAACUCCCACUUGUAUUUGUAAUGAUAAAUGCAUUAACUAGCACGUCCAAACUCCCUUUUGUAUUUGUAAUUUAAAGAUUGAUAUAAUGCAGCAGUUAUCAUGAUUCUUUGAUGAUGGCUUUUGCCAUUGAUAUAA